GCUCGGGUGCUGCGUAGGCAGAGGAGAUAUGCGAGGAGGUUGGCGAUCUAGGCAGCAAGCGGCGGUAGCGGGAGGCUGAGACGGCAUGCGGACGACCGCCAGGGGCGGCAGCUUGCGGUGGUCGGAGCACGAGAGGAGCAGAGAGCAGCGGCGCGUCUGCGAGGGAAGAUGACGGCGCAUCCAUUGGAGGUGACCUCGGGGCAGAGGGCGUCCAGUGGAUCCUGGCCCUGGAGGCGGUCUUGGAGUGCUACUGGCUGAAGCACGUCAGGAGUGACGACGGCUCCAUGGGAGGCGACCUCGGGGCAGAAGGGGCGAGGGACCGGUAGGCGGCGGUCUGGUGGUGGUUCGCCAGGCGGCAGGGUCGGUCGGGCACGCGGGGAUCGAGCGCCUCCCCCCUGAUGGCGUUGAGCAUAGCGGCACACGACUCCAAGACAACAGAAAGAACAGAGAGAGGAAAAAAGGCUCAGUAGCGGCGAUGGCGAGAGGCGGCGGUUUGAUGACGAAGAAGGAGCUCGGCGAGACCCACGACGUCCUCCGCUUUGGUGUCAAUGACAGCGUCCAUGGCGACCUCGCGCUGGCGCACCCCGUCUAGGCCACCAUCAAGGAGGCCAAGUUCUGGGAUAAGAAGAAGAAGUUUGGGACCGAGGCCAUCUACGGAUCGACCUUCAACAUCCGCAGGGAUCUCGACACCCAGAUCCUCUCCAGGUUGGUUCUCUCACUGCCCCCUCCUGGAAAUAGGUUUUGUCUAACUAAAGAGCCACCGGUAUUAGAUUUUUUUAGUGGUAUGAUCUGGGAGCUGCAGUUGUUGGGGUUGUCAAUUCGACCUUACUUCUUUUGUUUUGUUGAGCAAAUCAGGGCCCCUACCUUUAGAUUAUUACAUCUAAAAGCGCACACGCUUAACGCUUGUGAAUGAGAGUUUUACAAACCAGAGCACAGCGAGUGCAUCCGGAGUGGUUGAUGCAUUAGGGAGAGAGGGGGAGUUCAGUUUUGCCAAAUUAAUAGAGAGCCUUUCAUCUUUUCCUGCCCCGUGCGCCCAUAUUUUGACCAAAUUCACACAUUGUUUCAUGACUGGAGGUAUAUUAAUGUCAUCAGAGACCUUUCGAUUCCUUGCAAGCCAAAUGGACCAGAGAGUAUAUGGUUCGCUGUUUUUGUCUCAUAGAGAAGCUUGUCACCCGUGUUAAAAAUGCCAGCCGAUUCUUUCACAUCAUCUAGCCUUAUGCCCAUAAGGCCCCAUAUAUGUUUCAUCCUGAUGCACUUCAGAGUUAAAUGUGCAAACGUUUCUUGGUCGUUGCAUCCAAAGGGGCAGGUAUCACUGUCGUCGAGUCCUUGCUUUUUAAGGAGCUCUCUGACUUCGAUAUGGUUUCUGAUGAGCAUCCAGGCAAUUUUUUUUCUUUUUUUUGGUGACGAGCAGUCCCAAAUACACCGAUAAAUGAGCUUAGUACAUCCUCCAAAAUCCAUAAGCUGAUGGGAUUUCCUGACUGAAAAUUCCACUGAGUGGUUCAUUCUAAGAGCUCGUUUAUCCAAGGAUCCAACCUUGAGAUAGAUAGAACUGAGGAAUUGAGCUAGAACCUUGAGUUCGCUGUUGGCCUGAUCAGAUGUAAUAUGCUGUGCGUGCACAGUCCAUUCCCCACCUCUCCUGCAGUCAGCCACAGAGAUGUUUGGCCUAAAUCCUGAAAGAAGCUAGAAGAAAAAUCAUCUGGGCCUGGCUUUUAUCUUGUGGAAUAUCUUUAGUCACUUCCCAAAUCUCUAAGUAAAAUGUGUAGGUAGGCUGGAUAAAUCAAAUGAAUUUGGAUACAGCAGGUUCAGAUCGAUAAAAGUGAAGUGGACAGUCCACCUCCUCGGAACGACCCCACUCUCGUGAGCGAAGUGCUCCGUCGACCCCCGCCGUGCGCUACUCCGGCGCCGGCGUCCACCGCGCUUCCGCGCUCCCGCCUCGCGCCACUCCGGCCGUUGCGGCCACCACUACCUCCCCCCCUUGCAGCGUGCGGCGGUGGCCAUGGGUUCUAGUCCCAGAUCUGUUUCUUCGUCGGUCAGGCUGGAGGACGAGCGCCCCGUCGUUUCUGGUCUCGGGCUGUCGGAGGGGUCGGGAGAUUCGGAGGCCCGUGACCUCCAAGCGGUGGACUCGGAGCUGCGUCCGGCUGCGGCGGCGGGGGCGGGAUGGGUGCGGCCGCCACCGACCAAGAAGGAGAUGUGGCGGAUGCGGCACGGUCUGGAUGCCCAGGCUGGUGCUUCUGGAGCUCGCGAUGGCAGGGCCUCGCCGCCGCAUCAGGAUGUGCUUCGUGGUGGCCGGACCUCGCCGCCGCGCCAGGAGGUAAUCCCGGAGAUGAAAGACAAGUGCUUCCGAUGCCUCGAGAAGGGCCACUUCAGGCGCGACUGCACCAACCUGGAGGUGUGCAUCAGAUGCGGGCUGCAGGGCCAUGGCUCCCGGGACUGCAAGAGGCCUAGGAGUCCUUCUUCGGCUGACGAGCUCCGGCGGGAGGCCAUCGCCAAGGUGGCCCGCAGGUCCUCCCCGCGUGUUAGCCCCGACCUCCCGCCCCCGCGGGCGCCGAUCCUGUCGCCGCCACCGCCCCCACCACCAACUCUGCGGCAGGCGGACGUCGGCCGGGCGUGGCCACAGCUCGCCCCUCCUCGGCUCCAGGUCACCUUUGACAUGGAGGACGGGGCGGCCGGCCUUUGUGUGGUCCGGCGCUCGCAGUCCAUGGAGGAUCUGGAGCGUCGGCUACGAUUUGCCAUGGUGGCCUAUGUGGGCGGUGCUCGGCGCCGGUUGUCGCCGCAGCGGGUGCAUGAAAUCUUGGAAGGAAAGCUGGAUAUCUCGGCGGACCAAGCCUCAGUUCAUCCAUAUCGGCCGGAAGAUUUCUUAGUGGUGUUUGCUUCUGCAGAGAUAAGGAACAGAGUGGCGGCAUGCCCGUCGGUAGAGUUUCAAGGGGACCGGCUGUUAUUCAGGCCAUGGAAUCGGCAAUCGCAAGCGGUCCACUCGGUGAUGGGUUUCAAAGUUUGGUUAGUGCUUGAAGGCAUCCCGCCCCAUGCCUGGGAUCGGGCAACAGCAGAGGAGCUGCUGGGAUCCUCGUGUAAGGUGGAUGUUGUGGCGUCGGAGUCUACCUCGCGGGCGGAUUUGUCUUCCUUCAAGCUUUCUGCGUGGACGGCCGACCCGGAUGAGAUCCCUACGAUGCGUUGGCUAGCAGUUCCGGAGCCUGGUACUGAGGCUCCGCCGCCAUUGCUGCAGUAUAAGGUUCUAAUCCAUGUCGAUGCGGUGGCGGACUUCAGGGACGCAGGAGAGCCGCUUUUCCUCGGUGGAUCGUCGGACAGUGGUCAGAGCGGUAUUCCAGACUCAGAUGAGGACUUCGGCGGUGAAUCAAGGCCGCGCAAGCUUGUGUGGACGUUUGGGGUCCGGGACUCGCGGGGAGGUGGCCAGGGCAGCGGCGCCGCCGGCGUUGGGCAUGGAGGAUCGGUGCGGAGCCGUGUGGCGUCGGAUUGGCGUCUUCCGCCGAUGGACCCGGUUUCGGUCGUCAGCAGGAGUGGGCCAGGCAGGCAGGUGUGCGAGAGGCUAACCACUAGGCAAUCGGCUUUUGACCGGCUCAACGGCCAGCACGGCCACUGUGCAGCUGAUAAAGGUUUGGUUCAAACCAAUUUGAAUGGCCAAGGCGCGGCUCAGUCGGGUCAGGUGACAGUUGUGAAGCGGGCCCUCAUGGCCUCCACGAUCGUGGCAAGUGCGCCGCAUCAAGCUGCGGGCCCAGAGAGGGUUCGAGAAGUGCGGCCUGGCAUGACUGGAUCACCAAUCGCAUCUCGUGCUGACACGACAGUGGUACCCGCGCGGGAUGGAUUGGCCAAUAAUGUAUCAGGUGCGUUGGUCCCAUCGUCUGUGCUAGAUGGACCUCAGGUGGUGGGAUCGGCUGCGCAGCGGAUAGCACCAGAUCCCGAGGCAGGAGGAGUGGUUGGAGUGGAGAAGAGCGCUUCUGCCGGCACUGGUGGGUCUAAUGGUGAACAGGAGAUGGAACCCCAGGCGGCGACAGCCCCGGAGCCUGAGGAGGGUGCAUUGGAUGCGUGCGCCCUGCUGAUUGCGGGUGGACCACCUGAUGGGGAUCAUGCGGUGGAGCCCUGCAUGGAGACAGCUGAGAUUUCGAUGGUGGUACCCGCACCGGAGGAAGAGGCAGGCUAUUUGCCUCCAACGCUGGGGGCGACCGCGCACUCGUGCAUGCAGAUGAACCCCACUCAUGUUCGUGCGACACAAGUGCUAGGAUCAUUGGAGACCCCGGACGUGGGAGGCGACAGGCAAAUUGUGCAAGGAUCAUUGGAGGUUCCGGACGUGGGAGGCGACAUGCAAACAAUGCAAGGAUCUUUGGGGGUACCGGACGUGGAAGGCGACAUGCAAACAGUGCAAGGAUCGUUGGAGACCCCCGACGUGGUGGGAGGCGGCAUGCAAACUGUGCAAGGGCUAGAUGUGGUGGGAAUGAGGCCACAGGAGGUGGUUGCUUUUGACAAACUAAAAUGGUUUUGCUCUAGCCUGGUCAAGAAGCUAGCACCACCACUUCUUAAGGAAGUGCAAGCGUCGGGCCUUCGGCCAGAGGCGGAGCCAUUUACACCGCGACGCACCACGCGCGCAACGAAGCGAGCACCGCAGAGCAAGCAAGGAAAGGCUACUCCAGCUGAGAACGUCCUUAUGCAUGCGCUCGGGCUGAUGCCCCAAGACCUGGAGGUAGACGAGGCAAUAGUGGAUGAGUUGCAGCAGCUCUUUGACUCCCCUCUGCGUACUCAGCAUGUCAGGGUGAUCGCCGCGUUAUUUGGGAAGGAGUUGCCGACUGGGAGUGAGCUGCACAGCGAGGCGGGACUGUCGGUCGUCGCGCACUAAACGUGCAGCUGGUGCUGGAUGUUUGAUCCUGUUAUGGAUUUGAACCCGCAUAUUUUAUGCUGGAAUGUGAGGGGCCUUAAUUGCC